AUGGCGGACGCUUUUGAUGCUCAAGCUUUUGCUUUUGCUAUCGAACUUGCAAAUCAGCUGUCCAGCACUGGAGCGUUCAUUGACGACUUCGACGAACACACGCGCAUCUUCAGCUACAAUGUUGAUACCAACCACAUGAGGAGCGAAGCAGGCGCUUGUUCGUCUCUCCGCAUACUUGCUGGUUGCACUCGAAAUGGUACAGUCGUCGGUGUGGUUGCGAGUCCGGUGGAUGCGUCUGCGGAAAUCCGCUCAAGCUCAAGUGUAGCGUGGUGGUCGCUGAUCGACCGCGCGGCGGACAUUUCGUCGGACGACUUGUUAGCAAUAAACUGGCAGUAG